AACAAAGAUGGCGGACGAUAGUGGCUGAUUAGUUUUUUCCACUUUUCGGGAUGUUUUUCCCCAUAGGAUGGCCAAAAUAUUAUACCCCGAGGGAUGUAGAAUGUGGGGAACUAUCUGCGUUGAAGUACAAUCGAGAUCGCUCACUUCUAGCAGUGAUUUCUUCUCACAGCAUUUGUAUUUGGAAUAAUCGUCCUAGAGUAUUGAUUGUGACACURCGACGGUCGCCUACUUCAAUUAAAGAAGUUGGUACAAAUGUAGCUGUUGUGUGGAAGCCUGAUUCAUCAGUUCUUGCUGUUUCUACUUCAGAAGGAAAAGUUGUUUUCUUGGAAUUACAAAGAAGCAGCAGCCAACAACUAUACAAAACGCAGCUGUCAAGCUCUUCUUAUUACCACCAAACAUCAGUUCAAAAUGGCGUUCCUGCUAUAAAACUUGUUGAAAUYGAAAUUGUGACUAUUGCUGGCGAUAUCACUUGUUUUGCAGCAAGAAGAGAUGAGCUGUUUGUGUGCAGUGGUAAAGGUUUUCUUCACCGUAUWACUUGGGAUGGCUACUUGGAAGAAAACUUAUCAAUGCCAAUCCAUUCAUUACCUUUCACAAAUGAUCUAGAAAAUGUCAGAGCUGUUCCUUUAGAAUUAGAGGGAGUUUGUUUYAGGGCAAUGGUGUACAGCCCACUACUUGGUGGGUUUGCUGUGGUAUUAGCAGAUGGAAGGGGAGGAUUUCUCUCUGCAGAAACRUCCACUUUUGAGCCAUCAGAAAUGAUUGGUGUAUGGGCAAGAGAUCUUAAUUCUGCAACUUGUGUGGCAAUCAAUCACAGAUAUCGGCUGAUAGUAUUUGGAUGUACUAAUGGAGCAAGUCUUGUUUAUGGUUUUGAUGAUACUACUGGUGGCCUACAUCUUUCACAUUCUCUUGURUUAUCCAGCAAAGACUACCCUGAUGCAAUCCAAAGUACUGGUGGUGUACAAUGUCUUUCCUGGACACCUGAUGGUUGUGCCCUGGCUGUUUCCUGGUCAUGGUCUUCRCAUGGUGGUCUUGCUGUCUGGAGUGUCUUUGGUUCUCUUUUGAUGUGCACACUAGGAGGGGAUUAUGGGUGGGUUUUAAUGGAACAAAGUAUAACAUGUCGAGGAGGUCUCGCGUGGUGGAAGGAAUUCAUCAUUGUACCUUGUUUUAAUAUUCAUUCCAGUUCUGACGAGGUUCGUUUCUAUCCUCGCCAUUCAAAUCUGGAUAAUGCAUUUGCGGUGGCAGUUAAACUUCCAGCGCCGGCAUUCCUUGUCAACGUAUUCAGAGAUUUACUGCUUGUGUAUUGUUCUGAUUGUCGAGUCGUGUUUUAUUCAAUGGAAGCGAGUAUAGCUAACAGUAGUUCAGAUGCAACUAUUUUGGUUGAUCGACUUCAGGAAUUCUCAUUGGCUAAUCACGUACCCCACCCAUUGGCUGUUAUUCACGUGACUUUGACGUCACGCUAUUCAGAAUCUGGUAAUUUGGAUGGUUUGGAAGCUGUAGAAUCUCUGAUUGCAAACGUCGGUGGUUGGUUAUUGAUGUUACAAAAGGACAAAGCAAGCCCCGAUAAAGACAAGAGAUCGAGAAAGGCAUCUUUCUGUUUACCCGUUAUACUCGCCUCAUGUGUGGAAAAUAUAUGGACGUCGUCUACAUCGAGUUUGGAUAAAAGACAUCUCAUGGAGGCGCUGUGGCUUGGCUGUGGUGCACAGGGAAUGAAAACCCAAGUUUACCUGCACCACGUUUUAAGACAACUUUUACGUAAAAAUCUUGGCCAGCAAGCUCUGAAAAUCGCUAAUACUUGCACGGAUUUGCCUUACUUCCCACACGUACUGGAACUGAUGUUGCAUGAAGUUCUUGAGGAAGAGGCCACUGCCUCAGAACCCAUUCCUGACGCAAUGCUGCCAAGAGUUGUAGAAUUCAUCCAAGAGUUCCCACAAUAUCUAGAAACAGUCGUGCACUGUGCACGCAAGACAGAGGUAGCGUUGUGGAGUUACUUGUUUUCAGCUGUUGGAAAUCCAAGGGAUUUAUUUAAGGAAUGUUUGAAUACUGGAAGACUACAAACUGCGGCAUCGUAUCUUAUUAUAUUACAAAACCUUGAACAUCCAUCAGUUAGUAAACAGCAUGCAACAAUUCUGCUGGACAAGGCCCUGGAGCUGUGUCGAUGGGAGAUUUCGAAAGACCUCGUUCGCUUUCUCCGCUGCAUCAGUGAAGGCGAACUCGAUUCACCUCCACGUUCACCGACAUAUCGACCAAUGCACUCYCCACCCCACCCCUCUGUGUCAUCAGUCGACGGAGAAGACAUGGCSUUCUCUUUUACCGGCAACCCGCAGACSCGAGGGUCGAAACCYACAACACGCGGGACUCUUUCUAGAGGAGGUUCAAUUGAUAAAACWCACAGACCUCAACCGUURGACAAAACAAGUAAAACAGGUUCUUCUUCCGGUAAGACUGGUUACCAUGACAACUUGUCGCGGACAAAGAGUGGGUCUGUUUCUUCAACAGAUUCGAAAUCGCAAACUUGUGAUGUGGAAUCUGUUGAAAAUUACUUCAUCGAUACGAUUCUGAACCGACAUGCCCGACUUUUAUUAUCAUCAAAUCGACUUCGAGAUCUUGGAAGGUUUGCAGCUAACGUGGAGUUYCAACUCGUUCCCUGGCUUAUUAAAGAAAGAARUCGAGCUGCACGAGUGGAGGGKUACGUGGAAACUUUGCUAGCUGUUUACCGCAAAUUUGACCUUCAACUUCCAACGAUUACACAACAACCUAUCAAAGUGUUAGUGCCACAAUCCCCUAAACCUUGGUCUCGUAUGGAUCGUCUAGCAUCCUCCUCAUCCACCAGUACUGUGUUAAGCAAACAAGAUUAUGAAGAAAAUGGAGAUAUCGAGGAAGGACAGGACAUUGUAGAAAUAGCUCAUUUACAUCCUCCUAAAAUGGAAGAUGUGGAUCGCCUUAGUGGGACUUAUUCCGAGACCAGCUCGUUAGCAUACUCGACCGACGAUGAUUAUCUGUGGGGCGGGCAAGAUAUUGGGUUUAUUGAYAUCAAUGGUAUAAAAGAACAGUUGGCGUUUAGUGGCUGUCAGCAAGCGUUAACAGAAAUACGAUAUCUAAUGGAAAUAUUCAUGGAAGCUCUGUGCUAUGAUUGGUGGUUUCUUCUUGCUCUUGUAUUGCGUGACAGUACUGCUGUCACACAGUGCAUCAACAARGUGGUGACACUGCAGGAUGUAACUCCGGAGCUACUGAGACGACUCAACGAAGGGAGAAAUGCCAUUGAAGCUUGGGCCGAGAAAGAAUGUGUUGGUUACAAUUUAUUUCUGAACCUCCUCAAACCUCAGUUCCAGUCCAUUGUGGACUCAUUUACUGCCGCUAAGGAGCAAGCCGCUGAACGUAAAGACAGCGGACCACAUUCCCCUACAGAGCCYGCUCGACGCACCCCAAAGUCAAGUAUAAGCGAAGAUGAUAAAAUUAUCGAAGAGACGAAAGAAGUUGAAGAGGAGGAGAUUGAAAAUGUUGACGACUCAAAUGAGUGUGUUUUGUCGUAAAAGAAAAAAAAAUGUUCAAGAGAAGAGAACAUGAAGAAUCAAGUCGUUGAGCAUUGGUAUCCGACCAUUUGCAGCAAUGUUAGCCGGCAGAAAAGGAGACUCAGUAGUGAUCUUCAAUUGGUAUUAUAUACUGUGGAUUCAAAACGCGUCAAUGUCAAUUUAACAUCACGUGACCUGGUAUCCUUGGUGGUUUAUUUGAUUCGACUAUUGAUUGGAACUAAUUACAUGUUCUUGAUUAUUUCAUGAUGACCAGAAUGUUCCGUUACACAGGGCAUCCAAUAAUAUAUAUUAACAACGCAAUCAAUUUGAAUUCUCAACGUCAGUUCUAUCGGUAAGUCCAAAGACACAGGAAGCCCAAGGUUUACUUUGACUGAAAAGUCAAUUCAAGAUGGCGGCAUCAUUGAAAGACUUUCACCAAUUAAAACAAGAAGAUCCAGGAAAAUGUUGUUUUAAUAUCAAACUUGAUUGAUAAAAUUUGAAAGAGUAAAGACUCCUAAUGGCGGCUACUAUUUGCUAUGUACCAUAAAUUUAUUAUUCGUAAUUGAAUUAAUAUUUUUCACAACUUUAAUGAUAUUAUUUUCCUCGACUAGUUAACUAUUCCAUGGAGCACCGAUGCAGCUCUAAUUACUGUCAUUCAUGUCAUGAGUUCGUGCAUACAGGUGAAGUGUGUUAAUCAUUCUGUUUAUGACUGAUCAAAAUAGAAAUAAAUAAAACAGCUUUUACGGACAAUUUUCACUAAAGAAA